ACGCUCCAUCCAUCCCAUCUUCUUGUGUAUGUACGCCGCUCCCCAUCCAUCGCCGUCUGCCAUUUCGAAUUCUCCAUCGCCGUCUCUCUCUCUCUCUCUACAACGGCUCUCUCUCUCUCUCUCCUUCAUCUACAAAAAGAUUCUCCAUUGAUUCAACCCCGAGCUCCCCAACCUGAUUUCGAUGGAGGAGGAGGCGGCGGUAGAUCUGAUUUCGAUGGAGGAGGAGGCGGUCACAUCGGGAGGCGACGGCGGCGUCAGGGUCGUCGCCAGGAUCUGCCCCGCUCCUACCGCUCCUGCCGCCGGGUUCCAGGUCGCGGCCUCGCGUGGCCGUCGCCCCCGCGCAUCCGGGCCCGGCGCCGGCGCCGUCCUCUCCUUCACCCCCGCCGCCGCAGCUCCGACCCCCUCAUCUUCGUCGCAAGGGAGGGCCGCCGGCGGGCAGCGCAAGGAGGAGCACAGGCUCGACUGGUGCUACCUGCACGACGACACCAACCACCAAGUCUUCCUCCACGAGCUCCACCCCAUCCUCCACCACCAACUGCACCAAAACCAAAACACCAACGCCGGCAGCAGCAACGCGUGCGUCGUGGCCUGCGGCGCCGCCGCCGCCAAGGACCACCUCUUCAAGGGGUCGCAGGAGCAGCCGGGCCUGGUCACCAUCGCCAUGGAGGAGAUCCUCGGGUUCGCCGCGUCCAUCGGCGGCUCCGUCAGGGUCUCCUUCUACCAGGUGGUGCAGGACACCCACGUCUUGGACCUGCUGGAGCCCAAGGAGCAGGAGGUCUUGGUGCUGGAGGAUGCCCAGGGCAAGACACACCUCAAGGGCCUCUCCAAGGUUCAUGUCAGGUCCAUCGACGAUUUCGUGCGCUUGGGUUACUUUGAUGACAACCAGGACAAGCAGCAGCAGCAGCUCGCUAAACCCUUCUCUACCCAGCAGCAACCCGCUAAAUCUUCUUCCACCCAGCUACCCACCAGGGGGCACCAAGGGCUCAUCAUUCACGUAUCCACCUCUGACCAGGACGGCAAAGAGCGUGCCGUGGCCAAGAUCAACUUUCUCAGCCUCACAGACUAUGUGGACCCCAAGCACAAGAUCGGCAGUGGAGGGGCCGCUCUAUCCAGCGGCAACAAGUCCAUGUACACCUUGAUGAAUGUCGUGCAAGCGCUGAAUAGCAACCAGAGCUUUGUGCCAUAUAGGCAGAGCAAAGUUACUCGUAUCCUGCAAGACUCUUUGUGCAAGACGAGCGGCGCUGUGGUGAUCGCGUGCUUGGAAGAAGUUUCCUGCCAAGACGCAGUUUCUACUCUCAGCUUGGCUGCUCGCUCCAGUCAAGUGGCCACUCAAGUGGCUAAUGAACAAUGCCGCAGAUCUGCGAUUAUUACAAGUUUCAAAAGGGCAGAUGCUAACUUAUCUGCAGUUGCUAAAAGCUCCUCAAGGCCAAUUCUUUCUUCAAUGAACCUGCCAAAUCCUGUGGUAGAGAAGCAGGAUCGGCCCCAAUGGAAUAUGAGCGCCGUAAAAGCAUCUCGAACUCCCGUUCCCAACAAGCGGUCUCGACCAAUCAUGCAUUCAGCAAAAAAAUCUGAAAACUCGCUCGCCACUCCUAUCAAAAUUACCCAAAAGGAUGCUACGCCCACAAUGAGUGGAAGGUCUCAACCAAUCAUGCAUUCAGCAAAAAAAUCUGAAAACUCGCUCGCCACUCCUAUCAAGAUUACCCAAAAGGAUGCUACGCCCACAAUGAGUGGAAGGUCUCAACCAAUCAUGCAUUCAGCAAAAAAAUCUGACAACUCGCUCGCCACUCCUAUCAAGAUUACCCAAAAGGAUGCUACGCCCACAAUGAGUGGAAGGUCUCAACCAAUCAUGCAUUCAGCAAAAAAAUCUGAAAACUCGCUCACCACUCCUAUCAAGAUUACCCAAAAGGAUGCUACGCCCACAAUGAGUGGAAGGUCUCAACCAAUCAUGCAUUCAGCCAAAAAACCUGAAAGCACAGUCUCUCCUCCAACCAAAAUGAAACAAAAGGAUGGUAAACCCGCAAUGAGUGGAAGGUCUCAAGUAAUCAUGCGCUCAGCAAAGAAAACUGACAGCUCGCUAUCUACUUCUACCAAAUGGAAGCAAAAGGAUGCUAAACCUACAAUGAGUGGAAGUGCCUUGUUAUGCCCAAGCACCAAUUCAGCAAAGGAAGACAUUGCACCAGCAACAGUAACAAAAGUUGAGGAGGUACUAUCGUCACAAGGCGUGGAAAUUGAUGCUCCAUCAGCAGAUGAGGGAUUUGAUAAAACAAGCGAUGCUUUAGAUACUGUGCCAUCUGAAGUACAGAAGGUGGUCUCAAGUGGAAUGGCAAUCGAUGCCCCAUCUACAGAUGAGGGAUUUGAUAAAACAAGCGAUGCUCUGGAUACUGCAUCAUCUGAAAUACACAAGGUGGUCUCAAGUGGUAUGGAGGAAGAGGACUAUUCGUCGUCAGCUCUGGAUGCAGCUAGUUCGUGUACUAUUGACUUGGGCGAAAUCUGCUCUCCAAACAUUCCUGAUGCCCUUGUCGAGAAGACUCUAGUCAAAACAAUUAUGAACACUCCAAAGAUUAGCGACAAGCUGAGAGAGAUAUCAAACUCACUGAAGCUUCUUAAUGCUCGUCCAUUGAGCGUAAUGCCACAGAAAAUAGCCAUGGAAAAGACACAAGAACAGGGCAUGGAGAAGACACAGAAAGUGGCCAUGGAACCAGCACAAGAAGUGGGCAUGAAAACGGCACAAGAAGUGGACAUGGAGACGACACAAGAAGUGAGUAAGGAAAGGACACAAGAAGUGGGCAUGGAGACUACACAAGAAGUGGGCAUGGAGACGACACAAGAAGUGGCUGUUGAAACAACACAAGCAGUGGGUGUAGAAACAACACAAGAAGUUGUCAUUGAAACGACACAAGAAGUGGCUGUUGAAACGACACAAGAAGUGGCUGUUGAAACAACAGAAGAAGUUUCCAUUAACACGAGAGAAGAAGUUGCCAUUAAAACGACACAAGAAGUGGCUGUUGAAACAACAAAAGAAGUGGUCAUGGAAAAUGUCCAGGGUGUGACCAACAUAGAUGCUGCAGCUGAACCAAAGACGCCUGCUUUGCACCUCAAGCUUGAGCAAGCAGCAGAUACAAAGGCUCCUGGGAUACACCUCAAGUUUGAGCAAGCAGCAGAUCAUCCAGCCAGUUCAUUCAAGACUCCAAGCACCGGGAUAAAGAGAUCCAUAGUUCAGGAGUGCAUGAAUUUUCUCAACAGCGCUAACAAGGAGCAAUUAAAGAGCUUGAAGGGCAUCGGAGAGAAAAGAGCCAAUUACAUAAUUAAGCUUCGCGAGCAUUCGCCGGAGCUGUUCAAAGGGAUAGACGAUCUCAGGGAUGUGAUUGGGAUGAACAAAAGGGAGAUAAAUAAUAUGAUGUCGGGGAUCAUCACCGACAGCCCCUAAUCAUCCUGAUGGGAUGGUGGAGUGGAUGGAAUCCUAUCUAAUUUCUGCAUAGGGAGGGAGGGAGGGAUGGAAGGAUGAGUAGUACAACGGUUCUUGUUGUUGAGACAGAUAGAGAGAGUGCCACUGGCUUUCACUAGUAGUAGGAGCUACUACUACAUUAUAACUUGUUUUUUUGUUGGUGUUUGGAUUGGAGGUUUGUCUAUUUUGUGGACAUGGUUCAUAUGAAUGAAUGAAUGCAGUGAAAACAUCUUUCUACUCUGCUGUA